AUGUUAGAAAGCCAAAGAAAGCAGUUUAGGGAAAUACUUGAAAAGGAAUUCGAUAAGCGCGGACAAUUUAAGUUCGCUCUAUGUUCUCUUACCAAAUUUCUUAUAGAUAAUAAACCUGGAAAUGAAAAACAGGGAAAAAAGAAUUCACGAACUGACUGGCUUAGAAAUACGCAAAUUAUAGUUUAUAAUAGAAAUAAAAUAGAUGAUUACUUAAGCAGUGCUUUCGAACAGAUCCUAUACCAAGUGGAGGAGAGAGGAG